CAGCCCCCUUCUUCCAUAGCUUAUUUCUAAUUUUGAACCUCAAAAGUGCUUAUUUUCUGCACCCCGUUUUCUGCCGCCAUUCCCGAAUUCAGCGUAAGAAAAUUUUGAAAUUCGCAUCAAAUUGAUUUGCACUCCCCUCACUGUCGGAGCAGCAAGCUGCAGCUCGGCCAGUCCAUGGCAACAUAAUAAAACACCCAAUCGUUGCCUCCGCCACCAUUGCCGACGCCAUGUCGUCAUCUUCAUCCGCAUCCUUCAAACCCUACAAGCAACGGCACGUCCUGAAAGGCCACAGUGCCGCUGUAUCGGCCGUGAAAUUCUCUCCUUCAGGACAGCUCCUGGGCAGCGCCUCUGGCGACAAAACCCUCCGCCUCUACUCCGCCACCUCUUUCUCCACUAAAACCUCGCUAGUGGGGCACACCCACGGAGUCUCAGACCUCGCCUGGGCGCCCGAUUCGCUCCGCCUUGCCUCCGCCUCCGACGACGCCACCCUCCGCCUCUAUGACACCUCCUCACUCCAAACCCUUCAUGCAUGGAAGCCCGCUAAAGAAACCCUCAGCGUUCAAACCCUAAAGGCCCACGCCGGCCACGUCUUUUGCGUGGAUUUCCACCCGCGUUCGAGCCUCCUUGCCUCCGGGGGCUUUGACAACACUGCCAGAAUUUGGGACGUCAAUAGCGGCAAGUGCGUCAGGGUUUUGGCGGACCAUCAGGAGCCCGUCACGGCCGUCAACUUCAACCGCGACGGCUCCCUGCUGGCCACCUGUGGCUAUGAUGGAGUUUGUAGGGUUUGGGACACUGCUACGUGGCAGUGCUCCGGGACGCUUGGAGAUGAGCAGAAUACGCCCAUGUCGUUUGCCAAGUUUUCGCCCAACGGGAAGUUCAUCUUGGCCGGAACACUUGACAACACACUGAGGCUUUGGAAUCACCAGACAGGAAAGUUUUUGAAGACAUACAGCGGUCAUUCAAAUAACAAAUUCUGUAUUUUUUCCACAUUUUCUGUGACUAAUGGCAUAUACAUUGUCAGUGGCUCUGAAGACCAUUGUGUCUAUAUAUGGGAUCUUCAAUCUAAAAACAUUCUCCAGAAGUUGGAAGGUCAUACAGACACAGUAAUAAGUGUCUCUUGUCAUCCUACUGAAAACAAAAUAGCAUCUUGUUCGCUAGAUAAUGACAAAACUAUAAGAAUCUGGGUUCAAGAUUCGAACUGAGUAAUGGAUCUUAGUGUUAUCAGAAAAAUUGUAUUCCUGCUUGGCUUUAUUCCAAGUGAUGGCUGGUUAAGGUGGGGCAUUGUUAUGGAACUUUUUUACCAGUCAUAUAAUUAUGUUCAAUUCAUAAGAAGUUCCUCGUCCAAGUGUUGGCCGGUUACAAUGGGGCACCGUCAUGGGACUUUUUUUCCCAUUAUAAUUCAUAAGUUGCAAAUAAAGGGGGCGUGUUGAAAUAUAAUUUGUGUAAUUGAAUUUAAAAUAGCUCCUUGUAAAGGGUGUGUUGAAAUAUAAUUAAUGCUAUGGAAGAAUGAUGGAUGGCACUCUUGGGUAA